AUGCGACGCCGCGCUGCCCCGCGCUCCGCGCCUGCGUUCCCCCCCGGGGCGUCGCUCGUCGCUAUGGAGACGGCAGCGCCCGCGGCGGGCGGGCCCGGCGGGAGCUCGGCGGGGGGAGGCGGCGGCGGGCGCGCUGCCGGGCCAGCCCGGUACAGCCCGGGGACCCGGGAGCUGCUGAGAGCGAUGAUGGAGGAAUCAAAGCUGACGUGUUUCCAGAGGCGAUACCUGAUGGACUGUGUGAAACGAGGAGAUACCCUGCCCCUCCAGUGCCACCCCACAUCCAGCAAGGAGCCAGUGCCUGCAGCGCCUGCUUUCUCCCCGCCAGUUUGUCAGCCAAGCAAGCUUUCAGCUAAACCACAUCUCCGACCUGCCAAGGUCUGCCAGGCAGGAGAUGCCUACACCCGAGAGAAAUUCAAGCCCCAGGCGAGGCGAGAUUUGGAAAAGGAGAAGCAAAGACUACAAAACAUCUUAGCGACAGGGAAGGAUGUGGUGGAGCACAACGUGAAGCAGAUGCUAGUUCAAACAAAGGAAGAGGAGAUACAUGAGCCUGACCGGUUUGAAGAAUUGGUGAAUGAAGUUCAGGAGAGGAGGGAAUUCCUGGCAGACAUGGAAGCUCUAGGACAGGGCAAGAAGUAUCAAACGAUUGUCCUCACUGAAAUCUCACAGAAAAUGCGUGAGAUGGAGAUCAUUGACAAGAAGAGAAGUGAGGAAAUGAGAGAGAUCAUGGCAAAAGACUUCCCUGGUGGGAAAAAAUCUGAUCCCUACAACUAGGCCAAGGGAAAAACACAAGUGCAAUUUGUUCCCACCUCUUCUUCCUAGACUGUUGGCAUUUGAAUCUCAAGGGCUGGUCUGUGCCUGCGCCUGGAGUAGGGUAGCACCACCUGUUGCCUAAAACCAGAAGGCAGGAGCAGUUUGUGCAUAACUGGUGACACAAGAAAGCUGUUCUAAAAUCCUGCCCAUGCACUGGAUCCCUUCUUGCUCAAUGAUAUUGAAGAGCGGAAAACACACAGCAGCGAGUACCAAAACAUGACAAAGCACAGCCUCCUUAUGCCUAUGCAAUACCUCAGAGCACAGCAACCCAUCAAUAAAAACGUCACUCCUUUCCAUCCA